AUGCAAUAAUAAUAGGGAUAAGGAUAAGGCAGUACCAUUUAAGAUUUCAACGUCCUCGAAAAACUAGGGGAGGGAUCCUUUUCCUCGGUCUACAAGGUGUAACGGAAAUCGGAUGGCCAAUAUUAUGCAAUGAAAAAAGUCAAUAUAUCUCAGUAGACUUAUAAAGAGCGAGAGAAUGCCUUAAAUGAAAUUCGUAUAUUGGCCUCACUUGACUCUCCAUAUAUCGUCGAAUUCAAAGACUCAUUUCUUGAUUCCGAAGGCAAGACGCUGUACGUAAUUAUGGAAUUUGCUUCUGGGGGAGACUUAAAUAGUUUGUUGAAGCAAGGCAAACUCAAAGGUGGAGUUGAAGAAACUGAAAUCUGGAGAGUCUUGACUUAAAUAACCAUAGGAGUCAAAAUGCUGCAUGACAACAAUAUCUUGCACCGAGAUUUAAAAUUGGCGAAUGUCUUUAUAGGCAAAUCUCCAGAAGGAAACAUAUACAAAAUCGGUGAUCUGAAUAUCAGUAAGGUUACACAUGGAGCCAAUGCUCGAACUUAAGCUGGAACACCAUAUUAUGCAUCUCCAGAGGUUUGGAAAGGAGAACAGUACUCUUGGCCCUGUGAUAUCUGGUCCAUUGGUUGCAUCAUCUACGAACUAGCAGCCUAACAACCACCAUUUAGAGCAGCCGAUCUCUAAUCCUUAAGCAGAAGAAUUCAAACUGGUGUUUAUGAUCCAAUCCCAGGAAAGUAUAGCAAGGAUUUGUCAGAAGUCAUUAAAUUGAUGUUAUAGGUCGUUCCUCGUAACAGACCCAGUUCCGAUGCCAUUCUAAAAAACCCCAUAGUUAUAAGAAAUAGUGGCUCAUUGCUUGUCGAGGAGGAAGUUGGAGGGAAGAAAGUGGCUAAACUCUUGCAAACCAUCAAAUUACCCUAUAACUUAAAGCAAUUGAAGGGCAAUCUUCCUAAAGCUAAUUACGAAAACAAAAUCAAAAGAUCCAGUUCGUAAUCUGGAAUCAGAGUCAAUACUGAUAUCAGCUAAACACCUUAACCAGUAAAGAAAUAACCAGAAGAAUCAAAACCUCCUCAAUCAAUACCAAUGCCAAUUCCAAUGCCAAAACCUGGUUAAUAACAAUAAUAAUAAUAACAACAAUAAUAAAUCAAUAAACCUCCUUUAUUAAAACCUCCCAUGGCUUAACCACCAAAACCACAGUAACCACAGACUCCUUAAUAAUUGUAAAAUAAAGUACAAUAGUAAGAAUAGAGAUUACUUGGACAAUAAAAGUAAUGGAUUGAUUUUUAUUGUAGAUAUCCCCAUCCUCCGUAAUCGUAGGUUACACCAAGAGCCUAGUCUCCAAGAGGAAACCCUCAGCAGAGUAAUUAAAAUAGAGCUGCUGGUAUGCCAUCUGGCAUGAGGAGACAAUACAGUGCUGGUCCAAUCUAAAGAAGAUGA